AUGAAAAAGAAGUUUGGUCACAAAUGUAAAAAAAAAAAAAAAAAAAAAAAAAAAAUUGAUUUGCAUGGACAAAUUUACUAUUGCAUGUAGACGAUUGUGCUUCUCUAACCCAAAGGCUGAGCAGCUGACGCGACAUCAGCUUCAUAAAGGCAUUGUGUGAAAUUAAUGCAUUUGCAAAUUGAGAACCUGCCCUUGCAUGAUGGCGGAUGAGUGUGUCCGUGGGGCAGACCGCAACAUUUGUGUCCCUCAGCAGCAGUGAAGCGUCAGGAAGAGCUCAAUCACACUCACUGCAAACACAUUCGCGAGCUCUGUUUCCAGAAGAGAAAAAAUGCCCCGGAAAGACCCGCUCGUUUCGUCAUUUUGAGAUCCGAAGGGGAGGAUUUCUUCAUUCCCAGAAAAUUUCUCCGCAUGACCCGCAUCAUUUUGGGAGGUAACAAAGUGGAGCACGCGCGUCUUUCCUCAUUCACAAAUGAUACAAUGUAACGGCGCUUUGAUCAGAUCAUCCGGAGCUCAUGUUUGUGCGCGCGGUAAGAUCGCAUCCCGAUUCUCUCAAAUGUGAUCUGAAUGUGCAUGGAUCUGUUGAUUUUUUUUUUUUUUUUUUUUUUUUUUUUUUCCCCCCUCUUUUUUUUUUUUUUUUUUUUUUGCGGAGCUGCUUUCGAAAUAAAGUUUUGCAGCGAGUUUGUGUCGCGGGGAAUUGUUGCAGGGCUCGCGCUGUGCUCGGGUCCGAGAGCUCGCGGCUUGUGCGGGAAAUGUGUGGAGUUGAAAUCAGACGGGGUAGGGUAGAAUCUGAAAACACAAAAAGCACACGCAGCAGCCAUGUUUGCUGAAUUUUCCUGUGAAUUUGAGCCCGACUCUGGUGUGUCUCGCUCAGGGAAGCAGAGGUCGGCUGGACGGCUCUGUCUCUCUCUCAUCAGCUCCUCGCGCUCAAGUUUGAUGCAGAUCUUACUCUUGUUUGGCUGAAUUCAAGAAAAGCAGACCAGGAGGGAGAGCAGUAGAAGAGAGCGCUUGAGCUCUGCACCACAAGUUUCCUGUGCUCUUGCUGAGCAGUCCUGGAGUCAUGAGUUGUCAGGAGGUUCCUAACCCCAGCCAGGAGCCGAAGGACACAGCUGUGGUCCCCACAGAAGCAGGAGCCACACAAGCGGUACCGACAACUUCCCCGAAGCUUCCCCCAGUCACCGUAAAGACAGAGGUGGCUUCCACCGCCGAGUCUGUGGCCAGUAAUGGCAAAGCGAGUGACGGCAACAUACCUGCUGAGAUCUGUGUGGUUUUGGGGAGCUCUCGCAACUCACAAACACAAGGCUCUUACGUCUGUGGAGUAUGUGGCAAAAAGUACAAAUACUACAACUGCUUUCAGACGCAUGUCCGAGCUCACACAGAGGCCGAGGGCACUGCUUCAGGAGAAGGAGCAUCUCUGGGAAUCAAUAGUUCUUUCCGCUAUACUUGUGAUGUAUGUGGGAAGAAAUACAAGUACUACAGCUGUUUUCAGGAGCACCGAGACCUCCACGCAGUUGAUGAUCCAUAUGACCAUGUGAUACCUGUAGAAGACCUAAAGGAGGAGACUGAAUCCUACCAGAAAAUGGGACCAAAAACGGGAAGUUACACGUGUGAGUACUGUGGAAAACAGUACAAAUACUUCAACCCCUAUCAGGAGCACGUGGCUCUUCACGCUCCCAUGAAAGGAACUUAUGGCCUUAAAAUGGAAGGGAAAAUGUCUAGCCAGUCAGGCCAGUCCAGUCGUGCAGACAUCAACAAUUCCCAGAACUCUAGUGAUACUCCAAACAGCCGGAACUAUACUUCCCUCCCCAGCCCUCAAAAAACCUACACGUGUGGAGCCUGUGGAAUUCAGUUCCAGUUCUACAACAACCUAAUGGAGCACAUGCAGUCCCAUGCUGAAGAAAGAAUACGUUUGGAACGACAUGAUGCUGAUAAUGAGAACCAUGUUAAAGAUGAGUCUCCGAAGCCUUCCCAAGCGCCCGUGGCCACACAGGAGCAGAUGUGGAAAUCUCCUCAGCCGGCACAACAGAGGAACCACAUACCACCGUCUUUUCAGAACAGAUUACUCCCAGAAAAGGAGAGACAACAAGUGGCCGAACGUUUACUGAGAGUAAUGUGCGUAGACCUUGGCCUUCUUGGCGUUCUCAGCAGCAAGGACUUCCUGAAGCUUGCGCAGACCCUGGUGGACACGGGUUCGCGUAACGGAGCCUACUCCAUUCGCGAAGCCCUGGGAGAUAUGAGCUCGCUGGCAUUGAAACAGCUCCCCCGUAUGUACAACCAGGUCAAAGUGAAAGUCACCUGCGCCCUGGGUUCCAACUCUUCCUUGGGCAUUGCUGUGACCUGCCAUUCGCAGACCAUAGGACCUGACUCCUGCUAUUUGCUAACAGCGUAUCAAGUGGAGGGCGUGCGACUCCGACGCUAUGUGCUGGGACUCAAGGAGGCGUCUUUAAGGGAGAGUCCUGAGCAGAUACACCACUGGGUCCAGAAUGUUCUGUCGGAGUUUGUCAUGUCAGAAAUCCGUACGGUCUACGUGACAGAGCCGCGCUUGUCUUCGCUGGCCUUUUGCGGUCGCACCGGAGUUGGCCUUCGUUGCGCAGGUUGCUCUCUAACUGCCACCGUUCAGGCUGUUCUCGGCCGUCGCAGCCUGCAAGCACGAGGACUCCACGAACUAGGCGAGCUUCUGGCUACGUGUCGCGACAUCGCCGCAACGACCAGCUUCAGUCAUGAAGGGAAAUCAGGGGAAGAGCCUGCCGCUCCGCCUUGCUGGGAUGCGGUUGCGGAGGCCUUGCUCAAGGUUCACGAGAACUUUGAGGCCACCUGCGAAGCGUACGGCCGUUCAAAGAGCACUGUGCCGCUCUUGCAAGGCCUAAACAAGCACCUGCUUGGCACGCUUGCGUGUCUGCUUGCGCCGCUAAGGCAGGCAGCACAGGAGCUGAGUGUGGAACGCUGCCCCACGCUCCAGCACGUCCUUCCCGUCUACCUCCGUCUUGAAAAACUUUUCACCUCUAAAGCCGGCGAAGUGGGUGCUGGCAGUAAGCUUUGCCACUACUUCCUGGAAGCCCUGAAGGAGAACUUCAAAGUGGAACGAGUCCAUCAAGUCGCAAUGAUCCUGGAUCCACAGCUGAAGCUGCGGCCAGUGCCUGCGUACCAGCAUGAGGAUAUUAUCUCAAGGGUGUGUGACAUGGCUGCUAAUAUGAGGGAAUCAGGAAGCGGUGGUUCCGGAGGUACAUCUCUGGACGAGCGGGAUAACGAAGGGCCGUCGGCACCCAAGCGUGGCCGUCUCGACUGUGGAUUGGAGAGGCCAUCGUGCGAUGCUGAAGAGCCACAGGUACGAAAAGAGCUGUUCCAGUACCUCGGCGAACCACUGUUCAGUGGCACGGGCGACCUGCUGCAGUACUGGAGUUCGGUCAUGGACAGAUACCCCAGGCUGUCGCGGUUAGCGCUGUGGUUGUUGGCUGUACCGGCUGUAGCUGUGCAUGGGGAGUGCGUGAGCAUCUGCGAGCAGACCUUAGCCAUGAAGAGAAAGCAGCAGGUCUCUGCGGAGGAGAUGAACAAACUUGUCUUCCUCAAGAGUAAUUUUGCUUGAGACGGCUCAGGGCUUUCAGCUAACGGCACCAUAGACUGUUUGAAGCAAAUGUACGUCACUUCUCUUUACCCCUUCCGAAAAUCCCGAUUUACCGUAAGUGUCUAUCGAUGUGGCACAUGAUAGAGAUUUACAAAGGAAAGGUACAUUGACAAUUAAUUCUCAAACACCCCUUCAGAUCAUAGCUCGGCAUUGGCGAUGACGACAGAGCGACUCGAUGAAAAUACGGUCUGCCCGAGGACACGGAUGUGAACUUGUGUUUUCGAUGUUUCAGUUGAACUCCCACUUAAAAUUGUGAUGUUUUUAACAGUAUGUGGUUCAUCCAUCCUCCUUUUCUUUCUGUGAACCCAUCUGAAAUUCAGUCAAUGGAUUAUUGAAAUCAUUUUACAUCUAGCGAAGGAAAAAACGGGGUACUUAGAAAAAGCCAUUUUUUUUGCAACUACGCCUUUAUGAAAACCACAAACACUCUUUGCUGUGACAGCUGAACAAUACCUCUCUUUAGCGGUUUAUCGGUGGGCAGGUCAAGCUGUAGAGGUGUAAGUCUUGUCUUAGGCAGGCCCUGAUUCAAUAAUCUCAGUUAACCGGUUUGAGUGUGUUAAGCUCUUGUUCAGACUCAGGAGUUUAAGCCCAGCAGAACUCAAUUUAUACUUGGAUCACACAUAAGUAAACUGUUUUGCAAAUAUUUAUUUUAAUUUUUUGUCAGUUCUCACAAUAACGUUGCAAUAAAUGUUACGUAGCAGAAGUUAUACUCUCAAGCUGACUUUGAUGCCUUGCACCUUUUGUAGCAGCCUUUUUUUCCCCCCAUUACAGCUCACUGGGAUCAAUACAAUCUGCAAUACCUGAAACAGCCACUUAAACCCCAAGAUUGGAUUUCCAAUAAUAUUGGGUUAUGGAAGUAUAUGGGAAUGAUCUGAUGUUGUGCAAAGUUCUGGUCCAGUUGAUCUGAUCAUCUUUUUUGUUUUUUUCCUUUUUUCCUGAUUUCUGAAAAAGUGGGAAUAGGGCUAUGAAAUGCAGAAACUGUCUGUCUCUCACUGUCUCAGUACAAACCUCGCUGAACAGAGGCAGCUAAUUGCAUUAUUGUUUGAAUGCAUUUUAAGAGGAUAAAGCUAAACAAAUAUUUCAUUAUUUAUGCACUGGAUUUCUCGUAUUAUUUUCCUCAUUUAUCUCCAGCAGGUAAUUAGAUUAGAGACGACAUUAACUAGAGAAAACAUUGCCUAGAUUAGGACCAAAGUAUCUUUUAAAAGUAGUUUAUCAUUGUGAAUAAUUGCCAUUUCCAAACAAAUUUGUAGAGUUAUCUCAUAAUACUCAUGCUUCCUCAUAACUGUUUCGCCCUCAUAAAUUUCCACUGCCUUUGAACAGCUGUUUAUUUCAAAAUUGUUCUAGUAAACGAACAGAAGUAACAAUUUUCACUUCCAUGAUAAAAUAAAUGAUCUUCAAGAGUAUUUUGCAGUAGUUUUUCCAAGAAAAGAUGUGAUUUAGUAUUAUAUAGUUUGUCUUGUAAUGCCUUGAACAUCUUUGUGUGAUUAUACAGAUAUGCAUGCAGACAAUAUAAGAGUUUUUUUAUCUUUAAUAAAGUGGCAGAGAUCUUCAGACGUAUAGUCUACGUUCACACAACAGCAGAAUACAGUUGUCAGUCCUGUUCUGAGUGCUAAAUACAGUUCCGUUCACGCACAGAUCGAUUAUGAAAGAGUGACAACCGCAUACUGUAACAAAAGUGAUUAGCUCAGAUUAUAAGGAGUCACAACCAAAUUUUGAGAGUUCAAGUUAUGUGUGCUAAAGGAACAUAACGGCAGUCAAGCAGUUGUCAAUUGAAAGGGUACAGCAUGAGGCGUGCGCUUGGCCCCGUUGACCUCUCAGGUUAGUGUGGUGGGACAGAGAGUGACACUUGAGUGUUUAGGAAAUAGGCCUACAAGGGGGAAAAACAGAACCACAGGAACAGACCACAUAUAGUCUUGAUAUUGACUAUCACUAUCUGUUCCUAUGGUUACAGGCAUUAUUUGCCAUGCCUAAAUGGGGACUGACUUUGGUUACCUGCAUAGACUUUAUGCUCUCCUCUGCUGUUAUAGGUACAACGUUUGAAAGUCACACAUGUCAGUAAAUACGGUUGUUAGUCCCAAACACUUGACCAACAUUUUGGAAUUGACUGAGAUACCAUUUUGGUCUCAUGAUUGAGAACAAGAAUCAUGAAUAACAACAGUUUAAACUAUUUUUGUCCGCUAUUUUUGACCAAAGAUUAGGGACCAAAGACACAUAAUGUUGUGCAAUUUUAACUAAACCACCAAUGACAAAGGUGCUUGGUGUUUUCUUAUUCCUCAUCAAGCUGCUGGUUUUAAACAGCACGCUCUUUGCCGUUGCCUUGUCGUCUUAUUAUAACCGUCUUGCUUUUGGGCUUGCCCAUUAAGUCACUAACUAUAAGCAACAUACAGUAUUUGGAUUUUUUAGGUUUAUUUUGCUGUAGAGGGAGAGAGAGCCUUGUCAAAAUGUGCGAUUGAGUCAAAACAUGUACCUCUUUUCCUGUGAUUUUCUUGUAGAGACUGUUACGCUUUUAAUUGCAUCAUUUCUUUUUUUAGUCAUGAACAUUAAAUCAGAGGUCUUCAACCCUGCUCCUGGAAUCCACUGUCCAACCUUAAACAAACACGCAAGAACCAGCUAAUCAAGCACUCCUGGAUUGCUUGAAAAUCACUUGCCUCCGUCUCGUUCACGCGGAUGUACGUCAUUGCUUAAGUUGCACGAGUGCCCACUACUGGCGGGACCCUUGCGAUGGAUUUAAAUGGAACGCCUUUGGAAUCUGAUAUGGAGCCCACCGUACAAGUUACUGUUGGGAUGUCACAGUUGUGUUGAAUUGUGGUCUAUGGAUCUACCUGAAAUGUACAUGUAGACUCGCUCCCUCUGUCAAAAUUGAGGGGUCGAGGGCUAGUCCAAAAAACUUCCCUCGGCCACUUGUUGUGGUGGCAGGGAUUCCCCCAAGUGGAAGUGCUAAGGGAAGUUUGUGAGUGUAUGUCUAAAAGUGGAGUUAAUUGCAGCCAUAAACGUUGCAGGGCAUUGGGUCUCCAGGAGCAGGGUUGAAGAUCUCUGCACUAAAUGCUAGGGUUAGCUUUAAAAACGACAACUAGAAACAAGGCAUCUUUGUAUGUUGCAUUAGGCUAUAAACUAUACUCGUCAGUCUCCGCCAUCUCUGAAAUAUCUUUUUAAUGAGACUGAGGUUGAUCUUGGUUGACUGAUGUCCAACUAUGAGCAUCGUUCCAGUCAUUAUUUUCAAUUAGGAUAUAGGAAAGUUCAGAGGUUCAGUCUGUCUGCAAUGCAAAAGCACUCAAGAGAGGAGUAACAACCGUAUUUAGCUCCAGUGUGAAUGAAGCCGUAGGGCCUGAAUUGCUUGAAGUUGGCAUGAAACAGAAGUUGCGAUAGUCGUUUCUUCUGUAUUGUGAAACAUUUGAGUCAAACGGCUUCUGGAAUGGGGAAAAAAAGGCCGGGACUUGAUUUUGUCCGUGGGGAAUUGAUUGGAUGGUUGUGGUUUGCUAUUGGUGGAUCUCAUGUGAGUGACAGGUUGCCCCACCCUCGUCGUCAGAGAAGAGAUGUCGCUGCUAGAGGGAGAGGAAGUUAUUUUGAUUCAAUAUUGAGGCACAUGAAUCUAAAAAAUAAUAAUAAUUAUGUGCACGGAUAAUUUAUAUAAAAUGCCGCAAUAUACCAUUAAAUAUUGAUUUCAAGGUAACUAUAAGAGCUUAGUUCAUACAAAACCGUUCUGUUGAAGAGAAACCGAGCAGGGCCGCAUGCUGAUCAGACUUGGUCUCUCACGUACCCCAAAAUACAGGUGUUGAUACUGGCUAGCAUGUGCAGAAAUGUUCAUAUGUAAAAAAUAUUUUGAUAAACCUGGCCCAGAACUAGAAACAGCUGCUGUUGAAUAUUGUCGUCUUUCUCUCUAACCACAAGAGGGCAGAAGUGUCUCAGAAAUCUGUCUUUGCAAAGAGUCUCCAAAACAUCUUACCUCUGUUUUCUAAUCAAACAUUUCAACUAUUUUGAUGAACUCAGUCUAUGAAUAUGUCGGACUUCAUGAAGGUUUUCCCUUCUUUCUGUGUGUGUUUUUUUUUUUUUUUUUUUUUUUUUUUUCUGUCCUGAACGAAUGUGUGCAUUUCUAGGGAAACAUGAAAACUGGUAAUAUGCUCUUGAGCAGCAGUCAAGUUUGUGUUGACAAAUACUAUCUCUGAAAGUAUAAAACACUGUUUCAAUCACAACUAUUUAUGGAUGUACAACAAUUAUUAAUUUCACUUAUUCUGUUUGUUUGAGAAGGGUUUUUUUUCUCCCCAUUGUAGUCCAGCCUACAUUUGUCUUUGACAGGCAUUUUUCUGAUUUUGUGUAUUGAGUUGUUUCAGCUGUAGGUCUAAUUUAUACUUUUUUAACAACACUAUUUUUCUAAACAUGACUGAUAGAGUUUUUCUCUCCUUAUCAACUGUCAGUAGUACACUGCGCUGUUCUCAGAAUCUAUCUACUCCUGUAGUAUGUGCUGUGUGAAUAAAAUAUCCUCAAACAAGCAAAAAA